CCCUACUUAAAUAGCUGCAUUACAGCCCUUAUUGUACCUUAUCGCAUACCAGGUGACGUGGAUUACACCCUGAGCUCCUUCCAACAAAGAUCUAAUAAAUCAAAUAACAACGUUGAGGCUCAUCCCAGAUUCCUACGCUUAAAAGUGACUCACCCAGCUAACCCAUGCAAUCAAUACAUCUAGUUGCUAUUAGUCUGAAGAUAAUACGAGAGACAGAUGAGACUAUAAAUAUUGGCUGCCUUAGGUAGUUAUGGGGAAAUAACGAGUCCCUGUUGAGAUAGUUCAUCCUUGAUGCUUUUCCAGAAUCCACUAUUCUUCCGUCUCAUACGCCUAGGUCCCAAACGCUUAUCAAUUAUAAGUGUUCUUACUAGAGGCGUCUGUUUGUCGGUUCCUAGGAUGUCUGCUGGCGAGCCGGAUUCUGUGCCGGCAUCUGGCCCGGCGAAUGAGACAACUUACAAACCACGGUAUAUUGAUAUUGGUAUCAAUCUUGCAGACCCAAUAUUCCGUGGCCAGUAUCAUGGUACCCAACGACAUCCCGACGACCUAAGCGCCGUCGUAUCGAGAGCCCGGGAAGUCGGCUGCCAUAAACUUAUAAUUACGGGCUCUGACUUCACAAGUUCCAGGCAUGCUCUUGAGAUAGCUAGAGAAUACCCCGGUACUGUAUACACCACCGCUGGCAUUCACCCCUGUUCUAGUGCUAUAUUUAGUACAACACACUCCCAUGUAGAUACAAACGGCCACACGAUGCCCUGUGAUGCAGACCCCUCUAAACCAAUCUCGGAAGAUGACGAGCCUGAUGUUGAAAGGACGACGUCAAUUAUCGAAGAACUCCGAGAUCUCAUCGAUCAGGCACGGGGCAGUAGCGCUGGCCAAAGCCCACUCGUCGCCUUCGGCGAGUUCGGGCUCGACUAUGACCGCCUGCACUACUGCUCCAAGAAGAUCCAACUCCACUCAUUCGCCGCACAGCUCGACCUAGCCGUAUCCCUAAAACCGCAACUGCCCCUAUUCCUACACUCGCGAGCCGCGCACGCCGACUUCGUCGGCCUCCUAAAAGAGAAGUUCGGCCCGCGGCUCGAGAAACUAGAGCGUGGCGCCGUCGUCCACAGUUUCACGGGCACCGCCGAGGAAAUGCGCGAGCUUAUGGACCUUGGGUUGUAUAUCGGUACCAACGGCUGCAGUUUCAAGACCGCCGAGAACUGUGCCGUUGUCCGUGAAAUCCACCUCGAUCGCCUUAUGCUCGAGACCGACGGUCCCUGGUGCGAAGUACGUCCUAGCCACGAGGGCUGGAAGUACCUCAUCGACGCGCCGAAGCCUGCGGACGUACCCCAACCGGACGCAAGUACGAGUACCAGCACCGAAACAACUGGCACUAGUACGCCGUCAGAACCGGCAAAGCAGCAACCCAAGGGCAAGCAGCAGCAACAGUCCAAGAAGCAGCCUAAGAAGAAGGAACCGGAAGUGCCAGAGCGCUAUAAAGUCGUGAAGAAAGAGAAGUGGGUUGAAGGCGCCAUGGUAAAGGGGCGCAAUGAGCCGUGUAUGAUCGAGCGGGUCGGAAAGAUCGUUGCCGGCAUCAAAGGCGUUUCGGUAGAAGAGGUUUGCGAGGCGGCCUGGCGGAAUACUACCAAGGUAUUUCCUAUAGACGAAUAGAACAGAUUACUAGAAAGCGAAGGAUAGACAUCAGAAGAGUUCAUUUAAUGGACACUUUGAAGGUAAAAAGAGGAAUAAGGCCUUUUUUCUU